AUGUCCUACCGAAUCAUCCCGGCCAACAUCAUCAAUCGCAUCCAGGCUCUUGGCUUUGGCCCGACGCCUGCUGAGCCGAGCGAAGACCGAUCCGCUGACGCUCCAGCUAUACCCUACGCGGGACAGCACAAUGCAGAUGGCCACUACGACCCCUCUCCCAUAGACGUUGUCGUCGUGCGCAUCAUGAUCGCGAAGGCGACCAAGCUGCCCGUCGAUGUUGUCGAUGGCAUUUUCGAGUUCGCCGAAUACUGGGUGCGCACGACGACUGCUGCAGACUAUACAGGGAAUGUGCUUUCGGUACACUCGAGCAACAAGUUUCUCGUUCGAUCGCUGCCUAUCGGUUUCACGAACGAGCACGGCGGCAACCUAGAUUUGACCGGCGACGCCGCCACUGCGAAGCCAUUACAAACUCAAAUCUCGACCAAAACUCUCCCGAGAUUGGCAGACUACCCGCUGCCAAAGCUACAAGGCCCCGUACGCAAAGUGGUUUUCAAGGUGACAUCCCACGAUCAGGGCUGGUCGGGUGAGACUGGUGGUCUGUACGAGAACUCUUGGACCUGGUUUGAAGCUGGCCUUGAGCGACUGGAAGAGUCUGAUAUCGGCCCUCCUCAGGACCCUCCCCCCACCCCCCUCCAUCGAGGAGCCCUUCGACCAGUAUAUCCGACCGUUACAGAAAUCGCGCCACAGAAGAGAGACGCGGACGAGUCACAAUCCCAGGAAGAGGGUGCUGCAAAUGAGGAGGCAACUCCAGAAGAGCCCCGAUUCGAGUACAGCUUCCCGCUGCUCCAUAGCCCGAAAUGGACAGUCUGCAAAAACAAGCGUGCCCAUAGAGACUUUCAAGACCACGAAAUUACGUGGACAUGUUACGAUGACAUCAAACCUGAUUCUGACGGCGGCAAGGCUCUAGAGGAGAAUGGCCGUGGACGAGAAACCGGCGAUGGCGAGUUUGUCCGUAGUUUACAGCUCGGCGACGUCGUGACGCUGUGGGCGAAGGCGAGGUUCCCCGGCUGGGUCAACAGCGUCAGAGCAGCGAGCAUUGACGUGUACUGGGCAGCCACCUGA